CGCCGCCAUCUCGGACACUGCUCCACAGGCUCCUGCCAAUGAGAAAAACCCGACAUCCAGCACAGAAAAACAGCUCCACCUGAGGUCGGUUCAUCCGACUCACAGUUAUCGGUAGGAUGAUAACUCGAGCAGCUCUUCUCCUUGGCGUCGCGUGCUUGGCAAGCGCUAUCCCGAAUGUUAUGCUCUUCUACGAAUCUCUCUGCCCGGACUGUGGGGUCGAAAUGAAGACUGGUGUCGUCGGAGCUUUGAGAAAAUUCGGAGACAGUGUUUUUUUCAGCUUGGUCCCUUACGGAAAUGCGAGGACAAGCAUCGGUCGCAACGGUUCGCUAGAGGUUCAAUGCCAGCACGGUGAGGAUGAAUGCACCGGGAAUGUAUGGCAUGCGUGCUCGCAUCUCUACAUGACUCCAUUGGAGCGAGUCAAUUACGCGAUCUGCACGAUGAUGAGAGGAGAAGAAAACGUCAUCACCCUCCUGAAGAUGUGCACGACGAAGGAGAAAGUAGCUUUGCUGAAGGCCUGCGCAGAAAGCCCAAUGGGUUCCGCUCUGAUCAAGCUCAUGGCCGAUAUCACGGACACCGCAGGUGCGGUUUGGAACAACAGGACACGCAGACUGGACGGAGUUCCAACUGUCUUCAUCGACGGAUUCCCCGUCAGUUCCGCCGAACAAGCGAAGUACAGCCUUCCAGAUUUGAUAUGUCUCAAGUCGAAACACAAACCGGCCAUCUGCUGAAAAACUAGGAUCGAAGUCAAGCGAGUCAGGGAGCUUGGGCGAGGCCUGAAGUCGUCAGGUCCAUCGAAUCCAUCGAUCAAAAAUGUUCGAAGAGAGUGAUGAUCCGUCUAGAGCGUGGAAUUCCCGAGCGAAUCGCUCCUCGAAUGGGAACACAAGAAGCCAAGAUAGUGAUUCACUAUUCAACCCGAGAAUUUCCCGGCUUAUUCCUUAUGUCUAGUCCAGAACUCGAAUGACCUCGAUAAACCUUGCUUCCAAUAUUCAUAUA